AUGUAAAAAAUGUUAAUUGAUCCGCAAGUAUUUAAAAGUAUAUAAGAAAAAUGUGUACAGAUUCUUCUAAAAAAUAUAUGUUUGUGUUCUCCUUGUGCUUUCAUGUACUGUUUCUUAAGAUAAUUUUGUUUGAUGUUUCUACGCGAGGAGUGGCUGCUAUUACUGCUCAACAAAAACAAGAAAUUUUAAAAUUAAAGUCCGAACUUAGUCAAGCCUUAGAAAGUGACAACGAAAAUGUUGCCGCUAAAGGUGUUAUUGUACAACCCACCUGGACUCAGGGUGCCGAUAAUACUGAUCCCAAAGAAACAGCCAAAGUAGAGGUUAAUGCUGUAAAUCGCCAAGAAGUAGAAGCUUUAAAAGCUGAAAUUGGUUUGGCAGUAGCUAGGGAUAACUAUGCCACUGCAGGAGCUGCAAAAACACAAGAUAUAAAAGCGUUAGAAUCUACUUUGGCAAUGAAAGAGAAAGGCAAAGAGGCCUUACUAACCAUGGUGGGUGGUGGCCACGAAAGUGAGACAGAGGAGCAAGUGGGCGCUGGAGCUGAGGAACAGGAAUCUGAUGCAAAGGCUCCUAAUAUUAUUACAGCUAAUAUAGGUGAUGAUUCGGAAAUAGAUAUACGCAAAUUACAACGUUUGGUUGUAUCCAAAAGACGCACCAAAGAGGUUUUGAUACUCAAAUAUAUAGAAGAAGAUUUUUCUUUUGAUUUGGGUCCUGAGGUCCAUGAAUGGGAACAUAUUAUACAUGCUGGCCAGGAGUAUUUUAUAGGACGUCGUCUUACCGAUUUGUUAAUUGUGCGCAAAGACACUGCUAAAUAUGAAAAAGCCAUGGUAGUGGAUGUGGGUCACCUUAUAUCGGAUAUAGAAACCUAUACUUAUUGGAAUUUGGAACAACAGCAACAGGAAGGCGUUAUACUUAUAGCCACUGGCGAUAAGGUGUUAUGGUAUCGCUCUAAUAAUGAAACCAAACAAAUUGAGUUAUACUGGGACUGGUUGGUGGGUAAUACCAUAACCGGCUUGACCUAUUUUACCCUGGACUCUAAAGAUUAUUUAACUAUUUCCUCUAAUCAAUCUUCUUUGGCCGGUCAUUAUGCUCUUAAUAUCUACCAAUAUAAAUUACAUACCAAAGAAUUUUGGAUUGUGCAACGUUUGCAAUUGGACUUCAAAAUAGAUAAGGUAACAUUUUUAAACACCGGGCGUGAUGUUAUUUUGGCCAUACCCCAAAAUAAUACGGCCGAAAUUUAUACUUUUAAUCCCCAUGAGGCUGCCUUUUCACACAUACGUUUUCAACUUAAAAGAUCAGUGCCGGCGGAAGGUAUUUUGACAAUAGCCGGCUUUAAAAUGGGAGGACGCAAUUAUUUGGCUUUGACGGGUUAUCAGCCUCAGAUUUUACUCUAUCAACAGGGAGACUUUAUAUCUAAAACUAUUUUGGGUCAAAAUUUUGGUUUAGUGGAGUUAUUUUUCCCCAUACCAGUGCGAACCUAUCGUGAUGAUCUUAUUUUAUUAGUGCAACAUAGGGUGGACUUUAGCACCCAUACUCUAACAGUAGUGGAGACCUUGAUUUGGGAUGGUGAGGCUUUUGAGACCAGUAUUCCUGUACCCUGUCACUUGGGUGAGCAUGUGGUAUUUGGUGUCGGCUGCAUGCUGGAUAUACAAAGAGAUGAGGGUCUUAAGGGGGCCGCUUUACUAAGAAGUGGAGGUGAUAUUUCGGUUAUAGUACCACGUUAUAAAGCUGAAUCAGGACUCUUUCGUUUUCACACGGAAUUAUUGGCCAAGAAUUCAGAACUUUUAGAUUUACAAGAAAUCUUUGAUUUCCUCAAAGACUGGGUCAAAGAACAAGAUGAGUUGGUAGCUCAGGCUGAAGCUUUUCUAAUCAUAUCCAAUGAGGACUUACUAAAUGCUCAACCAGAUCUAACUUCUUUAGAAACUUUAAAAACCCCAGAAUUUGUAUUUAACGGUGAAGUGGCUGAGAUAUAUGUAAAUGAUUAUAAAUGGUCGUCAGAAGAUACUACUAUGGACUUGGAAAUGAUUAUACAAAGUGUAGAAGAUUUGGAUAGAUCUUUAAAUUCCGGCCGACAAAGAAGAAAUCUGGAUGAAGUGUUACAUGAAGAAUUAGAUUUCGAUGAGGUUUUCGUAGACGAUUUACAAGUGGAAAAUAUUAAUGGUCAAACAUUUUUCAUACAAAAUGGUGAUUUAAAUUUUGACGGUGAAGUUAAUAUUGCAGAAUUGGAAAUUUUGGAUCAGGAACAAUUCAGAAAUUACCAAAAUCGGGAUCUAGAUGUUAUAAGUGAUGAAGAUUUUGGCUUAGAAGGUGAUAUAGAAUUCGGCUUUAUAAAUGGUGUUAAGUGGUCAGAUAUCAAAGACAAUUUGGUGUUUAGAACUCAAAAACAAAACUUUGAUGAUUUGCAAGUUCAAGGAGAAGUUAUAAUUGAAACUACUUUAAAUAUUAGCACUUUAAAUACUUUGGAUUUCCCCGAUGACUAUAUGUUGUCCAAUGGUCCUUCCAUUUCUAUUGUUAGAGUUCCCAAACAUUUCGCUGGAACUUUGUCGGCAACUGCGGUAGACACAAAUGGUUUAAUAAAUGGCAAAAAUCCUUUAGAUGCCAUUUCCUUAAUGGAUGCCCAAGUAUGGCAGGGUAUGCCCACUUUUAAACAGUUAGAAGUCAAGGAAAUAUUGGAGCUACAUGGUCAAUUUCAUGGUCGCAAUGAAGACUCAUUACCCCAAAAUCCCACUUUACAGGAGUCUAACAUAGUGGAAGCCAAUUGUUAUUUCAAUGAGUUAUGGGUUAAUGGUCCUGUUAUUUUAAAAGGCGAAAUGGAUGAUCAGUCCUUGGGUGCACAACUUAAGGAUAUUUUAAUUAAAUCUCCCGAUCCAGAGGAGGAGAUUUUGGUACCUUCUGCGAAAUCAUUUGAUAUGGUUGUGUUUCCUAUAGAUUUUCAGUUGGAAAAUAAUACCAUUAACCAAAUAAAGGCUAAUGAUUUUGUUACCGUGCAUACCACUCAAACUUUGGGCAUAAACUCCUUGGAAGGUUAUGUUUAUUUCUACAAUUUAACUCUUAACGGUUCAUAUGAUGGUGUCAAAGUUGAAGAGGUUUUGAAGGAAGUCAUACUUUUGGACCAACCAGUGGAUUUAUCUUCAAUCGAACUAAUAUUUCCCGAUGAAUUAAAAGCCUCUAGUUCCAUUUCUGUUUUAGAUAUACUUAAUCAACAACCCAUUAAAGAUAAUUUGCAAACGCUCCAGGAAGAUUUAGUUAUUACCUCGGCUCAGUUUGAGCAUUUGUUAGCACAACAGGCAGACUUUUCCGCAGACAUUUUGGGUUCGGGAAAAUUAAACAAUAUCGAGUUGCAUGAUUUUGUUCAGGAAAAAUCUUGGCAUGAGCCACCCAUAAGAGGCAAUGUUUUCCUUAAUGAAUUGAUUUUACAGCAGAGUUUACAAACUGAUGAAAUGCAUGGUAUUAAGUCUGAAUAUCUUAUGGAUUUCCUAAAUCAAAUAGAUGAUAUGCCGGAUAUGGUAUUAAAUGGUCAAAUACAGGUGGACCAUAUAAGCGUAACAGGAGAUGUACAGCUCCACAAACUAAAUGGUUUACUCUUCGAUGAGGAUAUACAACUAACCACCAUUAAAUUGAAUAAACCCAAUUUUUUGUCCACUGAAUUGACUUUCAAAAACCGUUUGGAUUUGAGGGGACAUCUAAAAGUAAUAGGCGACUUUAGAGGUGAUUAUUUACCAGAUAUAAUAGACGAUAUAGUCAUAAGAUCCAGCAAUACAAGUAUAGACAUAAAAGCCCCCAAAAGUUUUCUCAAGCCUGUAAAAGUUUUGCAUAAUACGCAAGUAAAGGCUUUAAAUGGUAACGACAUCGAAAAUAUAGCUUGGAAAUUGAAAGAAAAUCGCUUCCAGGGUUCUGUAAAACUUAAAGGAAAUUUAAGAGUACGUAAAGUAAAUUUAAAAGGAUAUUUAAAUAACCUCAACUGGCAAAAGAUAGAAAAUCUUGUAUAUUAUGAUAAAAAUUUACAACAUUUUGUUUUGAAAGAUACUGUGGUGUUUCAAACCCCACAAUUUUUGGAAGAUCUUACGGUUUGGGGUGAUUUGCAAGAUGUACCAAAUUUGGCGGACUUUUUCGAAAACCUAAUUUUUAAAAAUCAAAAAUGUGUGCUAAAGGGUAAGAACACCUUUACUGGAAGAGUAACCAUAGAUCAGGGAGCUUUUAUUACGGACCUAAAUGGCCACGAUUUGGAUUAUCUUUUUAAUAAUUUGGUUUACAUACAUGCAGCUGAACCUAUAAUCAUACAAAGUCCGGUAAAAUUUGAAGAUUCCUUUAAAGCCAAUAAAAUACAAGUGAAAAACUCUUUGACAGUGAGAAAUUUAAAUGAUUGCAAUUUAAGGGACUGGUUAAAUAAUACCCUUCGAGUGGAUCAGGAUCAAAAUAUACCACAUUUCCUGCAAUUCGCUUCGGGCAGUUUGGAUGGUAAUACUUUUUCAGUUCACUAUCUCAAAGAUAUAGAUCUCUCUAGAGUUAUUACUCUUAAUACACCCCAAAUUUUUAAUGAAUCUGUUCACUUUUCGGAGGUGUUUUUAAGUGGCUUUAUUUACACCAAAGGUCAGGUGAAUAAGGUUGAUUUAGAAGAGGAAUUUAAUAAUACUCUAAUGACAUCUGGUUAUCAACACAUGUCCACUCCCUUAACCAUACAAUCAGUAAUAGUUUUAGGAGAUCUUACCGUUCGUGGUUUAGUCAACAAAAAUAAAGAUCUACAAGAUGUGGCCACUUUGCAGGAGGAAAUUAUCCUAGAAUCUCCCCUAUAUUUUCAGUCCAUUUAUAGUCCACAAGUUAUCCUAACAGAUUUGGCUACCGGUAUAGACUUUAAUAAAUGGUUUGACUCAGCUGUUAGAUACCAAAACUCUAAUCCUCAAUAUAUUACUGGAAAUUGGUCUACAAAAUAUUUAACUGUAAGAAAUGGACCAAAAGAUUUUCAAUACAUGAUUAAUGGGUUUGAACCUUGGCAAUAUUACUCUUACAUCAGAUCACCCAGAAGUGAUGGACAGCCAGAUUAUGAAGAAGAGGAAAUAUGUGAACUAUUGAAGGAUAUUCAACAAUAUAUUAAUAAUAAAACGGUUAAUAUCAAAUAUUUGGAAGAAGAUUUUAAUAUCAAUUUGGAUAAACCCUGGAAAAACAUUAACGAAACUCUGCGUAAAAUAUUUCAUAUACAAAAUAAGCAACAAAAUUUAUUGCUCAUCAAUUUCCAAUGCACAUCUUACAUCUACAAAUGGCGGCCACAGGAAAAUCAAUUUAUCUUUAAGAGUUCCCUUAAAACGGGACCUAUAAAUGAAAUUGAGGUAAUACCCGUACUAAAUAGCACCUCAAAACUAGAAUUUAUUACUACUAUAGACACCACCGAAACGUUAAACUGUUCCUUAGAUCCGGUAAAUAAAUGGAAAGUUUUAAAUGAUUCUGUAGUUUUUGAUGCCAAAUUGCCACAAGCUUCGGGUUUGCUAUAUAAAAACCCUGGCAAGAAUUCUUCCUUGUGGUCUCUAGAUAAUGAGACCAUUAAGGAAUUGGAUUUGUUACAUUUUAAUAUCAAACAAAAAUGGCAGUUACCCAACGUGGCGAACAAAACCCACUAUAGAUUUGUGCCCUUUAAAAAUGAGCGAGAAAUUUUAUUGACCAAUGGCGAACGUAUGGUAUUAAUCAACAAUAAUUUGGAUAAGAAAUUUAAGAAAUCUGCCUUUGAUUCCCCACAACCUGUACUUUUGCAAACUUCAUUCCCGGAGUUGGAAUACAAUACUACCGAAUCUGUUUUAAAACCCAAUACCUCUUUAACAAGAUCAUUCGUUUUUGCUGAUUUUAAACAGGUGGUAGAACGUAUUUUAAUAGAUCUGGGUCAACGUUUAAGUCAACAGGUUAAUAUAACCCAGUUAAGUAUACCCGAAUCAGAUUUAUUUGAUGAACACUUAGUACCGGAUUUCUUGGCCAUUAUGGAGGAAUUGGAAAAACAAAAUAUUUAUCCUGCUAAUGUCAUUAAUAUCACAUUUGAUAAUAUCACUUUACCGGAAAAUCCUGCCCAAGUUUUGGCGGCUCGUGUUGUGCAAAUUGCUUGGCCGGUGGUUGUGGAAAUAGAGGAAAUACAUUCAUAUUUGAAAACCAAUAAGACUCACGAUCAUCCUUUGUGUUCCUGUAUAACCAAAUCUUUGGGUAUCCUUAUUAAUGAUGUUUUAAUAUUGGCUAAUGAUCAUAACAAUACCCUGGAGGCUAAGGACUACACCUGGGAGUUAACGAAAGUUAUAGAACGCAUAAGAGUUUUCGAAAAGGAUUUGGAAGACUUUGUUACAGCUUUGGAAAAACAUAAAGAUGAUACAAGUAUGACACCUGAAAUUAAAUAUUCGGAUAAGGAAACUCUUAUGCAAUCACCCACUAAUCGAGAAUUUAGAAUAUUUUCUCAUGCCCAGGAUGAUUUAAUGUUUAUGGAAAAUUCCCAUUUGCCGGGUUAUAAACAAGGAGAAAUUUUAUCGCUUCAAGUGGGUUCCCAUUUAAACCCCCGCCAUCUUUGGGCUGUUACCAAUACAAAGAUCUCUUUAACUGCUGUACAAAAUCCUGGCAUAUAUCUCUAUUUAAAGGGUCUUCAAAGCCAACUAUAUCAAGUUAUAACUGCCAUUAAACCCCGCUCGUUACAACAAUUACGAGUUAAACAAGAAACUUUACUUUUGUAUAUACAAGAUUGCUGUCAGGUGCAAGUGUUAAGAUAUCGUGGUGCUCAAGGUUUUCAAAAGUUUGCUGAGAUUUUGAGUAAGGAAUAUAUACAACAAAUACUUACUCUUUCAAUACCUUCGGAAAAUGCUGCAGCAAAACAUUAUCUUGUUUUAUUAUUGGAAAAACAAAUAAAGUUUUAUGAAUUUAUUAUAGAAGGUCCUAAUUUGGCAGCAGAUUUUCCUUCUAUUUCCUUCAAUUGUUUGUAAAUUUAGAAAUUAUUGUAAUUUUGUUUUAUAGAAAAUAAAUUUAUUUAUUUCACUUCGUUCAUU